AUGGCUCUCGCUAGGAUCAAGAACCGCCUAUCGUCAUCAUCGUCACCGGCACCACCGCCAUCUCCGAUGCCACCCACCAGCAGAGCGACCGGCUCACGCAAUGAACCAGCUUUUGGCCAUUAUCUGGACAAGAUGAAGCACAUGUCCGAUCUCAAUCUUCCUGAGUACGUCAAUCGAUCAAUGAUUGCAGAUGUUGAAUACCGGUUGAUUAAAAGCAAGGAUCGGAAUUCUAUUAGUGAGGUGAUGAGAUCAGUUGGAAAAUACGGAGUUUUCCGGAUUAGUGGACAUGGGAUAUCGGUGGAGGAGCUGCAGCAAUCGUUCACGGAGGCGGAAUUCUGCUUUGGAUUGUUGGCAGAGAGGUGGAGUCGGGACGGAGAUCGGGAGGAGUUUCAAUGGUCACGAUCCGCCCUUGCAGCGGCAGAGCGGCGGCGAGAAGUUACACGAGAGGAGAGGUUUCGUAAGUUCAGCCAAAAGAUGGAGAAUCUUGCAAGUAAACUUGAAACCAUUGCAAGUGAUGCUGCUAAGAUUGUAGGAAGCCAUGGAAGCAGGAAAUCUCGAAAAAAGAUUAAGGAAAACGAGACGAGAAUGACGUUAUUCAAGCACAAUAACUCGGCUCUUCAACCUCACACCCCACGUUCCCAUACACCACGUUUCGCUGAUGGAAAAACAGAUGCGUGUUCGUUCGCUCUGAGCCUUCAUAUCCCAACUGAACAUGGCGAUUUUUGCCUCUUGUCCGAUGAAGGCCCGUUGUCGUUUAGAACCGGCCCUGAAACAAUCGUCUUCACACUUGGAGAACAACUUGAGGAAUGGAGUUGUGGAGAGUAUAAAGCUGCAUUUGGGGAGAUAAACAUAGAACCAGAAAUACAAGCAGAAGGAGCAUACUCUGUGGAACUCAAGUGUUCACCUUCCGUUCUAAACGACGCCGUUGAUAGAAUCAACACCAUUUCCAUUACUGAUCAAGUCUUCUUUGUACUUGCACUUGGUCUCCUUUACUCCCUGCUUUCCCAUUUUCUUUCUUGA